CGCUUCGAGUCUCGUUGACAGCAGCCAUGUACCAGGCAACACUACUCCUAGUUGUGGGCGUGGCCUCGUUAGCAGCCGGUGACGUCAGUCUUCUUCAUUCCAAAGCACACCACGCUGGUCCAGUUGUACAUAGUCCUGUACACCACGCAGGUCCCAUAGUGCAUAGUCCCGUACACCACGCUGGUUCAGUUGUACAUAGUCCCUUACACCACGCUGGGCCAAUAGUACAUAGUCCCGUACACCACGCUGGUUCAGUUGUACAUAGUCCUGUACACCACGCUGGGCCAAUUGUACAUAGUCCCAUACACCAUGCAAGUCCCGUUGUUCACAGUCCAAAAGUCCACGGUCCUGUACAUCACGGAGGUGUUUCGAAACACGUCCAACCGGUGCUUCACGGCAAAGGUGGAUAUGGUCACGAGACGUAUCACGACAUCCCGGCCGCCUACAACUACAACUACCUGAUUCACGACGACUACUCCGGCGCCCACUUCGGCCACGACGAAGUCCGCGACGGCUACAAGACGGAAGGCAAAUAUUUCGUUCACCUGCCCGACGGACGCAUCCAGACCGUCACUUAUUACGCCGACGAGACGGGAUACCAUGCCACCGUCACCUACGAGGGAGAAGCCCAUUACGACGAUUACGUGCCCAAACACGCCCCUGCCUAUGCGCCCAAACCUGCCUACCACGCCCCUGUGGACGCUUGGUUUCGAUAUGAAUGCUGUGUUGCCAGCCCCAUCGUAUCGAAUUCGUCACUCUCGAAGAUGCAUAAGGUGACCUUCAUCCUCGUAGCAUCCUUGGCCGCCAUGGCCGCCGCUGACCUCAGCCUUCUCCAUCCUCCCAGCCAUCUUGACAUCCUACUGCAUUCCCAUGACGCGGGACACCACCCAUCUCCCAUCCUGCACGCCCCUCUACACCGCGGGCUCGAUCGCCACCGCCCAUCGCACGGGCAUCGCGGCAGUGUUGCCAAGCGCCCGAAGCAGCACGCACAUCAUGGUAACACUGGCUACGGUCACGAGGACUAUCAUGAUACACCAGCAAACUACGACUUCGAAUAUGGUGUACACGACGAGUACUCCGGCAACCACUUCGGCCACGAGGAAGUCCGGGACGGCUACAAGACAGAAGGAAAAUACUUCGUCCAUCUGCCCGACGGACGCAUCCAGACCGUCACUUAUUACGCCGACGAGACAGGAUACCACCCUACCGUCACUUACGACGGAGAAGCCAUCCACGGCGCCCAUCCCCACGCCCACGGCCAUGGGCCAGCGUACCACGCGCCCAAGCACUUCCAUCAUGCCCCAGUAGUAGAUGGAUAUCACUGAAGAUUGUUCCUGCCUGACGAUCGGUUUUCUGUUCAUUAUUUAUCAACGCUAACCGCGAACUAAGUUAUGAGUGUCUAUUUUUCAUGAAAUUCUCGAAAUAAAUU